GACCAAAUUAUCUUGACCAAAAUGACUACUGCAACAAAUAUUAAAUCCUAUUUCUCUAGGGGCAUGAUUGCAAACUUCCGUAGCUCAAAUAGUCAACUGUAGUACCUUGGUCUGCUUAAGGGCAAGGCAGUGGAGACGUAGACUCGACUCGCCUAUAUAUAUCCGUUGUUCGAAGGGCGAGGUACUUUGUCUUGUUCUUCCAUGUAAUUUCAAACCCUUUAAUAAACAAUCUGAGGGCCUGAGCCGCUGAGAGUGUCACCUGGUGCUAUCCGGAUAGAAAAAUCAACUCAAUUUCUCUUUGCUUCUUCUGUUAGUUGUUUAUUGCCUUUUGGGUUCAAUUUCAAUCAAGAGUUGGUCAGUUUGUUUUCAAAUGUCUUAUGAUCUUUCUCUUUCUGAUGACUCUUUCCUGAACAAUUAUAUUCCGGAGAUCGUUUCCUCUAAUACGAUUGAUUAUAACUUUUUGUUUGAUCUUCCUUUGUCUCCUGUGUAUGAUUCCUCAUCUGAUUAUAAUCUUCAAGCUUUGUUGAACAGCAAUCAAAACCAACAAAACCCAGUUGAUCAACCCACUUGUCCAGACCAACUGGAUUCUGAUUUGCUUCCUUCUUCACCUUCAGCAGACCUGCUUGAAACUCUCAGCCGUUAUCAAACUACCCAGUUUCCCUCUCUGUCAUUUGGUCGAAAUUUAGAAAACGGCUAUGAAAAUUUCAACAGCUUGAAUUGUUUUGAAGUUAAAAAAGAAGAAUGUCAAGUGGAUUUCGAUUCUGCUUACAGUGAUGUUGAAAAUGUACAGAAGUACUUGCAACGGGGCUUUAGUAGCAAUUCUUUUGAAGGAAAGCUUAAAUUUUCAUUCCAACCUCCUUUCGAUUCUCUCAUGGAAUCACAGAAUUUUCAAGGCCAAGCCUUAAGCAUGCCUGAGAACAGCUUUUUCGCCGGACAAAUGAGGAAGAACAUGAGAAAUGUUCAUAUGAACAAAAGGUCAAUUUCGACCCCUUGGGCUAUAGAGAAGUCGUUCAUGGAGGAAGCACCCUUCAAAGUAGCACGUUACAACCCAGAAGAGAAACAAGAGAGGAUUUCGAAGUAUAGAGCAAAGCGCAAUCAAAGGAACUUCAACAAAAAGAUUAAGUAUGCAUGCCGUAAAACACUAGCCGACAACCGUCUUCGUUUUCGUGGCAGAUUCGCGCGCAACGAUGAAACUGUUGAGAUUCCGAAAGCCUCAUGUUCAACCAGAGAUGAAGACGAAGAUGAUUAUGGGCGCUGCAUGAGGUGGAGGAUGAAACAAAUGGCAAGAGGAACUUUUAUGAACAUCAGUUUCAAUACCACCAUGGCUGCUUCUGAUCGUUGAGGAAGCCUUCUAUUUAGUAUCUUUAGCAAAUAGCCAUGGACGCCUUUCAGAGCAAAAAAUAUUAACUGUAAUUCUAAAGAGUAAGAAUAAACAGCUCAAUAUUUGGUGUCAGGUAGCCAUUUUCGCUUUUGCUUCUUUCAUCAAAUUGUAAAAAAAUUUCCAUUUUUUUAUGUAAUUUCUCGCAUAUCCUUGCACAUUAUAAGGUGAUCAAUGAUAAAUAUUAGGACUCUUAAUGACCUUGAGCUCGAAUCUUUGACCUUAAAGUAAGAUCCACUCAUGGUAAUUCAGGAAGUGCUCAUGGUUUAAGAUUAAACAAUGAACUUUAUGCCAUUAGUUUGGUCUCACAAAUGAAAAAAUAAACAAAUAAAAAAGAAAUUCAAUUCAAGGUAAUAAUAAACACACAGCGGCACCAUGCCUGCUGGCUGCUGCUAUCAUCGUGAGCUUGGAAUCUUUUACAUAUUAUCAAAGCAUUUUGAUGAAUUCA